CUGACAUCACUGCAGCCUCUGCCGGCUGGUCCUCCAGGUGGAGCCGCUCUAUCCCGAGCCUUUUUGUCGUUGAUCCUCCGUCUGUGACCUCUGACCUCGACGGGGAGGCCUGCGCUGCCUGGGGGGCUGCGAUGUGAAUGUGACCGGGGUGGUGAGAGGGGAAGGUGGUGAUGACAGGAGCAGACAUGUAUGGAUGCGUGUAUACUGGAUGUUUAUCAUGUAGCCUUGUUUGGCCUCGCUGGAUCCAGGUCAUCAAGCAAAGAGAUGAUACUCGUAGCCGGGAUCUGUAGACCCUGAACACGCAAAGAAGAAUCCUCACCCAUGGCCACAUCACGAGGAAACCUAAUGCACUGAUAUCAUGGGAAGCUGCUGCAGCUGUCGAGAAGGACUCCCAGACAAUCAUCCUACCAAGUUUAAAGUCACCAACGUGGAUGAUGAGGGGACAGAGCUGGGUUCUGGUAUCAUGGAACUAACACAGACUGAGCUGGUCCUACACACCCGCAAGCGGGAUGCUGUGAGAUGGCCAUACCUCUGUCUUCGUCGCUAUGGAUAUGACUCUAAUCUCUUUUCCUUUGAGAGUGGGCGGCGGUGUCAGACUGGUCAGGGAAUAUUUGCAUUUAAAUGCUCCCGGGCUGAAGAAAUAUUCAACCUCCUGCAGGAACUUAUGCAGCGAAACAGCAUCAGUGUAGUAGAGGAGCCAGUUAUGCUAACCAGGACUGGACAUCCAGUGGAAAUGGACAUGCCUCGUACCCCCCAAACCCCUGGAGCUUUAGGAUACACAGGUUUUCCCAAUGGGUUUCAACAUUUUCCUCGAGAUGGACCAUCUUACCCAUCUGUACGCCACCCAUCAAUGGGGAAUCUCAGACACCCUUCUGUUGGAGAAGAAUCUACACAUGGCUUGAUUACACCAGAUGACCAGUCACAUACCUAUGUGAAUACAGCCAGUGGUGAAGAGGAGACAGGUGGGCGACACUGCAUGCACACUUUGCCCGAGGCACAUGCAUCAUACCAUGAACCUCCAAGGCACAUGCUUGGCCCAGGUUGCUCCAUUGAAGAACGCAAUCCCCAGGUCUUUUUGCAACCAGGAGAAGUGAAGUUUGUACUUGGACCAGCACCAGCCUAUAGACGAAUGCCUCUAAGGGGAGACAGCUUCUGUAGACACCACAGGGACUGUCAGGGCCAUGUCUGUGCUGGUGACAGAGAACCAAUACCACCACAUAACAAUAACAAUGAAUGCAAAGAUCAGUGGAGUUCGCACAAGUGUGCAUAUGAGAAUAUUAAUGGCCUAGUACCACCAGGAAGUAUAGCUCUUCGUAGCCGGACUGGUAAUAGGGGCCUCAAGUUGUCAGCGGAAGGUCUGCCAUACAACAGUUGCUCACAUCGCAGGACGGCAAUGUUACACUAUGAGAAUCUACCCCCUCUACCCCCUGUUUGGGAAUGCAGGUCCAUGCACCCUGUUGAAGAUGAUGAUGAUGAAGAGGAGGAGGAAGAUUCUGCAGAUGCUAUGACUCCAUCUCUUAAUGGUUAUCAUGAUGACCCUGUGCAAAACUAUGUGAAUGCUGAAAGCGCCACUGCAUGUGGUGGUUACCACCACCAUCGUCCAGACUGCCAAACACAUAGGGGUUGCCCAUCUAAUGUUUUCAGUUUUGAUUUCCGACGGCCACGUACAGAGCAAAGGCAACUCAACUAUAUCCAGGUGGAGCUGGAGGGCAAGAGUGAGGGAAAAGGAAGACAAAUCCCCCAGAUUACUUGUACCCCAGCUUCAAAUCAUCCGCCGCGUUGUGCAGACUCUUAUGCUGUCAUUGACCUCAAAAAGACAGCUGCUAUGUCCAGCCUACAGAGAGCUAUGCCCCGAGAUGAUGGCACCUCCAGAAAAACCCGACAUAACAGCACAGACCUUCCCCUGUAAAUGAUGCUGGUUCUAGUGUUGUCUCUCUGACCUUUUACAAAAGCCAUCUCUGCGGCUCUUACCUGUCUUUUCUUUGUUUACUAUAUCUGACUUCUUAAACUGUAGUUUGUGCGGGUUCUGUUUUGUUCCUCUACAGAGCAAACCUUCUAAUACUGACCAGAAUGUGAACACUCGUUUAUCAAGAGGAGAAAAAUGGAGGGAUUGUUAAAAGCUACACAAGGAUACUCCAUAUAUUUUCUCUCUGCAAAUGGGGCCACCUGAACGUCUGACUGAUGACUGCGACCUUGCUGAAAAUGUUCUUGUUGAGUGAAAUGUUUGUGCUUAUUUUUAACAUUCGUUUUUUUUUUAUUAUUGUUAUUAUUUAUUUAAUUUUUUUUAUUACUGUCGCAUUUGUAGAUGGCAUUUUCUGCAUUUACUGAUUUAAUUUAUUUAACUUAUUUUUCUAUUUAUUUUUGUAAACAUCCAUGCCAUAUUGUGCCCUAAGUAAUCGGACUUGCUCCGAAACAGAUGCUUAUGGUCACUACUUUGACCAACAUGCUUCAUUGAUUUGAAGCUUGUACCUCUUGUGAGAGCAUCAAGACAUUAGCAUGUGACAAGCUAAGAAAUGUAUAUACCCCUUGAUCCCAUUUUUGCAUAAUCUAGGCAUAAUCUUAUAUUGAAAAAUAAUCCUUCAUCAGCAUUUGAAAAGGCAAAGUGUAAUAUAUGUACUGUAUAUAUUUGUGUGUGCGCGCGUGUAUGUGUACAAUAGUAGAAUGGGGAGAACUUAAACAUUUCAGAAGCUAAAGAAUAUUUACUAGAUGCCAUGCCCACGUUUUUGCAUUUACUUGAAUGAUAAGUGCCAAAAAUUUAUACUUGUGCCAUUUUAAAAGAAAUCCUUCUAUGUACUGUUACUUAACAUAACUCAUCGGUCACAUUUAGGGUUUCCCAAAUGUACAUAGUGUACAGAUGGAGAAUAUAGCCAGUGUUAAACUCGCUGAACAGCACUCUAGAUGAUGGUUAUUCUACACAUUUUGUCACCUUAUCUUGAAUGAAUGUUUAUAAACCUAGAGAUUUAAAGAGUAAUUAUAUCUUUCUGAAAAAAUUGUUAUUCUGAGGCAGGAAAGGGGUAUUUGCCUAGUUUGUAAACCGUGCAUGAAAUGAUAUUAAAGCUUUUCAGGGA